AUGCCUUCUCCGGCGUCCGACGAGGAUGCCACAACGCUUUCCUCCCAAGAGCAACAUGCAUCCUUCUGGAUUCGUUUCAGCACCCGCGUCGGUGACGCCUUUAGCGGUGCAGAUCCCCGAGUCUGCAUUGCCUUUUGGCUCUUCGGCCUUAUCAACAACGUCCUAUAUGUGAUUCUCCUCUCCGCGGCCGUAGAUCUCGUUGGACCCGACGUACCCAAGGGAGUUGUUCUCUUAGCAGAUGUGGUCCCCUCAUUCGCGACCAAGCUCAUCGCCCCAUACUUCAUCCACCUGGUCCCGUAUUGGAUGCGCACUGUCAUCUUCGUCUUCUUAUCGGCCGUGGGCAUGCUGGUCGUGGCCAUGAGCCCAGCUUAUAUCGACGGGGGAUCGAUUGCUUCCAAACUCGCCGGCAUAAUUUUGGCUAGCUUUUCCUGCGGUGGUGGCGAGUUGAGUUUCAUGGGUCUCACGCAUUUCUAUGGCUCCUUUAGUCUGGCAGCGUGGGGUAGUGGUACUGGCGCCGCGGGACUGGUCGGAGCGGGUGCGUAUGCUCUGGCGACCUCGGCGAUGGGAUUCUCCGUCCGUACUACGCUGCUAUUCUCGGCUUGUCUACCAGCCAUCAUGCUUGCAAGCUUCUUCGUCGUGCUGCCAAGAUCUCCCCUCAGAUCUGCUGAAGUCGGUGCUGAUAGGUAUCGGGUCAUUGAGGGUGGGGAGCAGGUGGAGGAAGAUGAGAUGGAAGAUGGUAAUAGCGGAGAGGAUGAGGGGCUUUUGGGAUCGUCGCGCGGUGCAUCCGAUGUCCACAAGCCUGUCCACAUCAACGAGGGAGGUAACUGGCAAGACCAGGUGCGAUUGAAUCUACGUCGCGUCGGGAGGUUGUUCAUUCCUUUCAUGGUCCCGAUGUUACUGGUCUACAUUGCCGAGUAUGUGAUCAACCAAGGCGUGGCUCCGACCCUACUAUUCCCACUAGAGCAGUCUCCGUUUAAGCACUUCCGCUCGUUUUAUCCCACCUACAGCGCCAUUUACCAGAUCGGCGUGUUCAUUUCCCGCUCCUCGACUCCGUUCUUCCGCAUUCACAACCUGUACCUGCCGUCGCUCCUGCAGGUGGUCAACCUUGUGGUGUUAUCUCUCCAUGCUAUAUUUGACUUCAUUCCCAGUGUGUGGCUGGUCUUCAUCAUUAUUUUCUGGGAAGGUCUCCUUGGCGGAGUGGUAUAUGUCAAUACCUUUGCCGAGAUUUCUGAUCGAGUACCGCAAGAGGACCGUGAAUUUUCACUUGGGGCGACUACCGUCAGUGAUUCAGCUGGAAUCUGCAUUGCGGGCUUCCUCAGCAUGUGGUGGGAGGUCUGGUUGUGCAACUGGCAAGUUGGACAUGGGCGGGAUUAUUGUCGCCAACGGACAUAG